GAUUGAGACUUUGGCUGAUACUCAUCGUAGCGCAAAACGAGCCGGCAUUCAUUAUGGAUGCAAUUCUGAAUUUAUUAUUACAAUGUACAAUUAUGUAAAAGGAGCGCGCGCGCGCGCUUAUGCGAUCGUUAUGAGAAUCGGUUCGCGAGUAUAAUAGUAUAUGCGCACAAUGCGGCAGAAAAAGCCGAGGUGAAAAAAUUCAUUAUACUCAUGCGGCUGAGCUUCGUACAGGCCUCCGGCCGUUAUGCCACUCCGCUUAACGGCAGCAUUGACCGUUUCCGUUUUACGUAACAUUCUUACAACAAUGUAUUGUAUAGGCAUAGUCGAACUACUUAAGAGUAGACGGAUUAAUUAACUCGUUGCUGCUCGAUUCAGUGCGCGACUCAUUGUCUCUCUCUCUCGACGCGGCCGUAUAACGUCUCAGUUUGUAUAGUCGUUUCGCGACACGCGAGUCGAACCAUAUGCAUAUUGAAUCGUUCGAAUGACUCGUAUGUGUAACAAUAAAUCUCUACGAGAUAGCCGGGGAUAUUUAAACGCGGUUCGAAUGUUGCUUUCGUUUUCCGUCGUCGUGCGUGCAUAAGCACGCGUCGCAUAUCCAGGCAUCGUAAGGCCGUUGCAGGACAUUUUUCUCUUCGAUCUGCAAUUUGUAAUGCAUGCAAAUAGCCCGUGUCAUAAAAGGGGAAAAACGUGGCUUUUCACGUCGCAUGGUAAAAAUUCGCGCAUAUCGGUAUAAGCGUUGCCGAGAGGGUGUCGUCGCGUGCACAGGUAAUGGCAAAACUCUCCUCGGGGUAUACCCAUCGUCAGCGGAGAGCGAGCUGUCUUUUGCAAGCUUUUAUAUAAAUAUGCAAAUCGGCUCUCGCGGUGGACUCAUUCUACAGCUGUUCACGCGACACAUAAUAGCUAUAACCAUAUCCAUACAUAAGUAUAUGGACGCAUUAGCGCGCCGCACACAGAGCGAGAGAGGGGGGGGGGAGAGAGAUUAUCGCAGCAUAUAAUAGCGGAAACGCUGGUAUGUAACGCAGAGAGCCACGUACACGCAGCCGCGAGCCAAGAGGAAAUGCCGCGCGGCGCAUCGCUGCAGUAGCUUCCCCUGCGCGAUCGCGCGUAAUUGUUGUACUCGGCGGUCGCGGCUCGGCGCGAGUAUCACUGCAGAGAAAGAGACGACGCGCGUAAUAAGCGUAUUCAGAGAGCGCCGGCGGCGGCCCUCAUUCCGUAUGUAUAUUAUGUGCGCGCGAGCGAGCGAGAGAGCAACGUAGAGAUGAAGAAAGAGAGAGAGAGAGAGAGAGAGAGAGAGAGAGAGAGAGAGAGAGAGAGAGAGAGAGAAGAGGGACGUCUAGUGAAAGUGUCUAUCUCUUAACCCCACCCUGGGCAGCUCGCGCGGAUCGGGGGCCAGCUCUAAGUAUAUGCUCGCGUGCACUUGUUCGCGCGCGGGCUCCUCGUGGUAGUCUCGCGCCGCUCGACCCGGAGGAGAGACAUCGCUCCGUGUGUAUACUCGUAUCGUCAGCGCGGAGCAUCACCGGCACACUACACGUGCGCCUUUGACGUCUCGAUUCGAUCCGUACGAUGUGCCAUGUGCUGCCGUGCUGUAACAGUGCACCGCGCGGACUCCUUUUGUGUGCUUUAGCGAGUAAACGUUAAAAGUUUGACGGGGACUUGUUUUUUCUCUCUCUCUCUCUCUCUCUUUCUCUCUCUCUUCGCGUGUACUCGUACGCGUUGUAUCAAAGUGCGCCCGGAGUUGAGUCACCGAUGGCGGUAUAAGCGCAACGAUGAAGUCCCGCGUGCCUGUCCCUGGUGAAACUCGCUAAUGCAACAUCGGCGGCUCUCUUUCGAAAAUCCGAAUUUUAUGCUUCGCUCUCGCGGACUCGAGGGGAGUGUAUACUCUUUGUUUAUUUGUCAAUACUUCGCGCGCCUCGUUAUGUGGAAGUGCUUGCCGCUGCUGCUGCUCUCAACGCUGAUCUCCAGUCGCGUAUCGGCGAACGGCUAUCAUCACAACGAGCCGUGUUCCAAGUACGGAUGUCCUCUUGCACCGCCGAUUCACGAGCCGUUCGUGCCUGCGCCACCGGGACACACACCGAAAUGCGCCAAGCCAGGACUGACCUUCUGCGAAUCUUUGGAGCGAUAUCCGCAGCAACUUAUCAAGUUCCUAAUUGGCAAGCGCACUUUGGACUUUGAGAAAUUUCUCCGAGACGAAUCCCCGGAAGACUUCAAUGCGUACAGGAAAAGACCCGAGUACGAUUACGGAUACGACUAUCCGAAGCCUAAGGUUCCUCUGGAUCUUUACCCGCAGACUUCGCUGCACGCGCAUCAAGCCGCGAUGUUACACUACGACGUGCCAUUAAACGCGAGCCGCAACAGAUACCUACCUUCGCAGAGCGUGAAUUCGUUCGUUUCGCAAAGCGCCUCGAUAAGUGCUCAUCAGAGUUUCGGAUAUCAGCACGGCGUCCAGCCGCAUUUAAUUCAGUUUCCGAAUCAGGGAGCCUGGCCCCUCAGAAAUUCCCGAGGAGUCGAGUCGGGCUACCAUCAGCAGCAGCAAGGGGGUCGCACGCGCUUUCAAAAUCCGCUGCUCGAAUUUGCCUCGCGUACGAGAAAUCGGGCCAAGAGACAAUCGGAAUCGGCCGACGUCUCGUUAUGCCCGACGCGCUCGCAGUUCGUCACCCCCAAGGCUGCCCUGAACAAUCAGGGGAACUGGAUGUACGUCGUCAACCUGGAGGACCAGAACAAGCACUCGCAGCUUGUCAAGAGCGAAGUUUGCAUGAGCCAAACAUGCGACGGGCUGUGCUCCCUGCCGCUGGGCUACACGAGCAAAUGCCAGCAGCAGUACGUGCAGAAGAGAUUGGUAGCCCUGGAGGGGAGUGGCAAUCGUCUCUACACCGACGUAUUCUGGUUUCCACACGGCUGCAUGUGUCAGGUCACGCUGGAUUACUGAAACGUAGAGCCUGCAGCGCGAAGCCUCUAUGCCUAUUUGCUGUAUGGCACGCUCAUUUCCGCCAUUGAAUUCGUCAUUUUCUUUCGCUGCCAGCGGCCAGCCGGGAGAAAAGUAGUUAUUAGUUUCUCACGAAUAUGUUUCUGGCAGAAAAGUCCCCACUUACCAACGCUUCUCUCUCUCUCUCUCUCUCUCUCUCUCUCUCUCUCUCUCUCUCUCUCUCUCUCUCUCUCUCUCUCUCUAUCGAUCGGGGUGAUUUCAUCCGAUCGCUGUGUGUUUUCUUCCAUUCUCUACACGAGAAGAGAGCGUUAUUAACUUAUUGAUAAUCGCGUAUCGUAACAUUUCGUAUAUCGUAUACUAGCAUUGUGUAAGGUUUUUAAGCAGUCGCGGAGACGCUGCGCACUGUCUGGUCUCGGUAGAAAAGUACGUGGAAAUGUAUUUCGUUAUCGGAACGCUGUACGUGACACUGCGGACUUGAUACUAAAGAAAUAUCCUUUGGACGCGUGUACACCCGUAGAGAUGCGGAAAGCGUCACGACGUUCCGCCGAAUUGAAUUGAGACCAGUGGCUGAGCUUGAAUACCAAUGACUCGUCGAAUGACACGAGAAAAAUGAAAAAUGAACCGAGUGAAAUGACGAAGUAGGACCAGUUUGACUAUAUUUUAAGUCGAGACUUUUGUAAGCAAUCAUACUUUUAGUGGCAUUCGGAGGUUAUACACGAUGAUUCGACGGGUUUCGGAUCGAUCGACAUUGCAUGUGAUUUUUAAUAUUAAGCCAAAUUAUCUACAGUAGUUGAGGAUUUUGAAGGUGAUUGUGUACUGUCCCAUCAGUGUAUUUAUUUAAUUUUUUAAUAAACGAAAAAAGUUCCGCAUA